AUGUCUUUCUUCAAAGGUUCUUCUAUUUCAUUUCUUCGUAAUUUAAUUAUUGGUCAAACUCGGCAAUACACGUUUUCAAAACUGUUUAACAACAAAAUGUCUACGAAUAAUAAUUCUAAUUUAUUAAACGGAUUUAAUCCUACUCACGUUGAGCGAGAAAAUUACAAAGGAAAUUCGAUUUUAAAAGAUUCUGUGGACAGUGUCGACCCAGAGAUUUAUGCUCUUCUUAAAAAAGAAAAGGAAAGACAAAAACUUGGAAUUCAUUUAAUCGCUAGUGAAAAUUUUACAAGUAAAGCUGUUAGUGAAACUGUUGGUUCUUGUUUAACAAAUAAAUAUUCAGAAGGAUAUCCUGGUGUUAGAUAUUAUGGCGGAAAUGAAUAUAUUGACCAAGUUGAGAAUAUUUGUAAAAAGAGAGCUUUACAGCUUUUCGGAUUAAAUUCUGAGAAAUGGGGUGUUAAUGUUCAGGCACUUUCUGGUUCUCCGGCUAAUUUUGCCGUUUAUACUGCAAUUGUUGAACCUCAUGGACGUUUAAUGGGUCUAGAAUUAACAGAUGGUGGACAUUUAACACACGGUUUUUUCUCUCCAACAAAAAAAGUUUCUGCAACUUCUUUAUUUUUUGAAUCAAUGCCUUAUAGAGUUAAUCCAAAUACAGGAUUAAUAGACUAUGAUUUAUUAGAACAAAAUGCUCUUUUAUUUAGACCUAAGUUAAUUAUUGCUGGAAUAAGUUGUUAUGCUCAAUUAUUAGACUAUAAACGUUUUCGUGAAAUUUGUGAUAAAUGUGGGGCCUUUUUGAUGGCUGAUAUGGCACACAUUGCUGGUUUAGUAGCUGGGGGUGCAAUUCCCUCACCUUUUAAUUAUGCUGAUAUUGUUACAACAACAACACAUAAAACUUUGAGAGGACCUCGUGGUGUCAAAUCAAUUAAUAAUAAAGGAGAAAAAACUUUUUAUGAUUUUGAAUCAAAAAUAAAUUCUGCUGUCUUCCCAGGACUUCAAGGAGGGCCACACAAUCAUUCAAUUGCCGCUAUUGCUGUAGCGUUAAAGCAAUGUCUAACAAAUGAAUUUGUUGAGUAUUCACAUCAAAUAUUAAAAAAUGCAAAAAUUCUAGCUAAUUCUUUACAAAAUAAAGGAUAUACUUUAAUUACUGGGGGAACACAGACACAUUUAUGUCUUUUGGAUUUACGUCCAAAACAUUUAGAUGCUGCUAGGAUUGAACAUAUUCUUGAUUUGGUACAUAUUGUGACUAAUAAAAAUACUUGUCCAGGAGACAAGAGUGCCCUAAAACCAGGGGGAAUUCGUCUUGGAACUCCAGCAAUGACUUCUAGAGGUUUAAAAGAAAAAGAAUUUGAACAAGUUGCUGAAUUUAUAAAUAAAGCAAUUGAAAUUUAUCAAAAAAAUGAAGAAAUUUUUGUUGAAGCAAAAACUUUAAAAGAAUUUAAACAAAUAAUUGCAAAUAACGAGAAAUUUAAAAAUGAAAUUAAUUUAUUAGGGGAAGAGGUUAUUGAAUUUUCUAAAUGUUUUGAUUUGCCUGGUGGAGAUGAUAUUUAA